AUGGCGUUGUCUGGUCCCAAUUCCAACCAACGGCCCGUCCCAUGUCCGUCGAAUCCGAUCCUCCUCGCGUCGCAAUCGCAAUGGUUCUUCACAGACGAAGAACUCACCAGAACACCCUCGCAACUUGACGGAAUGAAAUUCGAGACGGAAAACCAAAGCCGCAGCAAAGGCGUGAACUUCAUUACCCAGGUCGGUAUCAUGUUAAAGCUACCACAGCCCACCCUCGCGACGGCAGCGGUGUACAUGCACCGUUUCUUCAUGCGGCAUAGCAUGGUCGACACCCCGCGACACCCGGGGGCACAUCCGUACAACAUCGCAGCUACAUCGUUAUUCCUUGCGAUGAAGGUUGAAGAGACUGUACGGCGGAUGAAGGAGAUUAUAAUCGCAUGCUGCCGGGUCGCACUCAAGCAACCGAACAUGAUUGUGGACGAGCAGUCCAAGGACUUUUGGAGAUGGCGCGACACAAUCCUCCACCAUGAAGAUAUACUGCUAGAAGCACUAUGCUUCGAUCUCCAACUCGAACAACCCUACCGCCUCCUCUACGAUUUCAUGUGCUUCUUUGGCGUCCAGGACCACAAACACCUCCGCAACGCCUCGUGGGCCUUCCUUAAUGACUCCAUGUUCACCAUGCUCGCGGUGCAGUUCAGCGCGCGCACCAUCGCCGCAGCGGCGCUGUACGCUGCAGCUCGCCAUUGCGAUCUCGGAUUCAAGGAUGACGGCGCUGGUCGGCCGUGGUGGGUGCAGUUGGAAGUUGAUUUAGAAGAGGUGCGGCGCGCUUGUAUGCGCAUGGCGCAGUUGUAUGAGAAUAAUGCGAUUCAGAGACAUAGCCAGUACUACCCGACCAUACCCGUUACGGCUUUCGAGGAGGGUACUGAGAAGACUAGGAUUUUGCGGCCGGGUACCAACCCCUCGAAUGAAGAGAGCAUGGGGAGGAAACGGUCGAGAGAGCCCGAAUCAGAUUCUCGAAAUGAUCAGGGUCACAGUCCGGCUCCGACGAACGGGGAACAGCCGCCUAAGCGACAGCGAACGGUCGAGCCGGAGUCUGAUACACAACAAUCAUCAUCUUUUGCAGAACCGUCAUCAUCCCAAAACCGAUCUACGAACACGAAUGGUCAUCUAGCACCGCCCUCGCAAAACCAUAAACACCCCGAAGAAGGCGAAACAGACCCCGUUCAGCAACGAAUCGACCACAUCGUGCAGCAGAACUUACCCUCAGAGGGUCGUCACUCAGAUGAGAGAUACCGACGGUAUUCAGGAUCUCGAGACCGAUCUCAAGAUCAGAGUCGAGAUCGAGGCCGCGAUCGCGAUAGGGACCGCGAUAGGGAUAGGCAGUAUCCGUAUCGGGGUCAUUCAAGACCGCCGCCGCCUCCACCGCCGCCGCCGCCGGAGGACAAGGAAGAGGGUGAAGCUGAGGGGAGUGAGGAGGGGGAGCUUUGA